UUAGGGCCUAACCCUAACCUAGUACACAUAUUACAUUCCGAUGUCCGCCAUCUUGGUUCGCAUACUUCGGGAGCCCCAAAAAUGUAUUGUAUUUGUUAGCCUAAAACACUGCUUAGACCCGCAAGACUCAUAAAUUCGACAUUUUCUCGCCGUGCUAACUGUUAUGGUCUAACUUGUCAAUCAGAAAUUUCACCCCCUCUCCCCUUACGCCCCCGGUUCAAAUAUCUUUUAUCGGACCUCCUGAAGUAUGGGCACCAAGAUGGCGCGCAACCUGAACUCAGGUUGUGUACCAGGUCAGGGUUCAGGUUAUGCGACAUCUUGGUGCGCAUACUUCAAGUGUACCCCUUUAUCACACUUUCACAAAUUUGCGAGUUUUGUCAAACAAGCAGUUUCCAACACUUUGCACAAUUUUAAUUCAACUCUAUUCUUCAACUUCGAAAUGAUUUUAAUCUCUUUUUUGAGCAGUGUGAGCUUUCUUCUUUUUAUGAGCUGUAUUUUCUUAUCAAAUGAUGCAUUUAAGUUUUAAAUUAAUAUUUACUUUAUUUUAGAUAAAAUUACUAGAUAAAAAAAUAUAUCACAAAAAAAUAACUGGACAGGUUUGGGCACAAAAUGGCUGAUCAUGAUUCCCUUAUUGAGCAAUUCAAGGCAGUUACAAAUGAAAACGACGAUCGCUCUCGUUUUUAUCUCGAAAGUGCAAACUGGGAGAUUGAUUUAGCUCUGAGUAGUUUCUAUGACAACGCAGGGGGACCGGAACUCAUGGAGACUGAACCUGCUAUACCUCAACCUGGUGCAUCACUCAGUAACACUGAGCAAGAUGAUGAGUUUCAUGAUGCAAUGGUAGAUAGCUCAGAUGGGAAAGAUACCAAGGAUUCAUCGGACUACGACCGAGCGGAAGACCGUAAAAGUGAUGACAGUGAGGAAGAGGGCCAGGAAUAUUAUGCAGGAGGUUCAGAACACAGUGGAGAGGUUAUCGUAGGUCCAGGAAAGAAGAAACGUGGCGAAGAUAUUGUUUCAAAAAUGUUUAAGAACGCAAAGAAACAUGGAGCUAUGCCUGUGGAUGAAGCUUCAUCUUCAUCAGGGAAAAAGAAAGACAAAAAGUAUUUCACGGGUGGUGGUUAUAAGCUCGGAGCCGAGGCUGAAGACCAUGAAUUCAUACCAGGAGCUGAGAAGCCAGAGGAACGCAAAUUAGACGUCGUACUGAAACUGUGGAAAAAUGGAUUCACUGUUGGGGACGGGCCGUUACGAGACUACCACGACCCAGAAACAAAAGAAUUCUUGGGUGCAAUAGGAAAAGGAGAGAUACCUCAGGAAUUAUUACGAAUGGCUCAAGGUGGUGAAGUCAACUUGGACAUGGAAGAUCACAAGAAUGAAGAUUAUAAACCAGAGAAACAAAAAAUGAAAGCUUUCACAGGUGAAGGUCAUACACUUGGUGGCAUCACACCAAAUGUGGUAUCAAGUGUUACUCCUCCUUCGAAACCAGCAGAAACGACAUCAGUCGACCCAGAAGUAAUCAUUAACGAAUCUUCUCCUGUCACGACAAUACGAGUCCAACUCGGUGAUGGGUCAAGGGUCACACAAAAGUUCAACCACAGCCACCAGGUGGCAGACGUGUAUUCUUUUGUACGAAAUCGUUCAAGCGAAUCGAGAAAUUUUGUCUUAAUGACAACAUUUCCUAACAAAGAACUCAAGGACGAUGAAACCACCUUAAAAGAAGGAAACUUAUUGAACGCUGUCAUUGUUCAAAGAUUUAAAUAAGCAAUCAUGUUAUGUUUCUAUGGUAAUGCUGGUAUCCAUAGCAACAUUGUUGCUAGGGCAACAAAUCUUUUUUGCUAGGAAGUUUUUAUUAUAACAUGGCAAUACCUUACUGUAGAUAUUAGUUUAUUCCACACUGACUUUACAUUGAGCCUCAGCUAUUGUCUUGAUGAUACUGUUAAUUUAGCCUUAGUUAUCAAGGAAACUUUGGUUUUCUAUUUCAAAAUGGAUAAGGAUAUCAUUGAUUACAGUGGUUGCAACCUCCAAUGGCUCGUGCCCCCCCCCCCCCCUUUGUAGCCCUAUAUUUCAAUUGCGAUAAGCCAGUGGUUCCCGAACUUUUAUGGCUCGUGGCCCCCAUUCAAGAGGCUUUUACACUCAUGGCCCCCUGUUUAUCAUUUCAGCGGUUUUUAUAGUGUUCAUUUGGUUGGUGGAUUCCAAAUCCCAUUAUGUUCGAACAAUUUAUGCUCAUAGAAGGCUUUAGGCAAGCAAACGCUGUCUGAUAUCGGGCUGCCGAUUUGUUGAUGAUAUAACUGCACGGUUAGCAAUUUUGUCAGUGGUACUUACGACUUUGUUCCAU